UUCCCUUGCUAUCAUGAAGGCUCAAGUCAUUGAGGUUCUCCUAGUAAUUCUGACCCUAACCCUUAUUCUAACCAUCAUCCCCCUCUUCCUAUUAGAUUAUCCCCCUUUAUUUCCAAAUCUGUCAAAAACUAAUCAAUGUUUGACACAAUUUAUGUCAAGAAACCUCUCUCUACUUUCAUACUCUACCAAAGUCACCAACAAAGAUGAAUCCGGCGAGUUUAUAGGGACGGCGGCAACGGCAAUUGCUACCCCCACCAGUGAUGAUCGUUUGAAUUGGUUGAUAGAGACGAAGGUGAUCAAGAACUGUGACAUAUUUAAAGGAAAAUGGGUUCCACAUCAAGAGGGGCCUUCCUACACAAAUUGGACAUGCCAGGAAAUCCAUGAACAUCAAAAUUGUUUCAAGAAUGGGAGGCCUGACACAGAGUUCUUGAGAUGGAGAUGGAAACCAUAUGAGUGUGAGUUACCUCGGUUCAAUCGACUUCACUUCUUGAAUAUUGUUAGAGGGAAGUCCAUGGCCUUUGUUGGUGAUUCUGUGGCAAGAAACCAAAUGCAGUCUCUCAUGUGCCUCUUAUCUAAUGUGGUGCACCCAGUAGACGUUUCUUACGUACAAGAUGGAAGAUUCAAGCGCUGGCUGUACACAGACUACAACUUCACCAUUGCUUCUUACUGGUCUGCACACCUUGUAAGGACAACUGAAGCCAAAACCAGAGGUCCACGUGUCCCUCCCACAACAAACCUUUACCUGGACGAGUUUGACGAAUCCUGGACAGCCCAGAUCAGCAAUUUUGACUACGUCAUCAUCUCCGCUGGCCAUUGGUUCUGGACCCCAGCCAUAUUCUAUGAAAAGGGUCAAGUGGUAGGGUGCAAUGCUUGCAAUGACAAAAACAUCACAGACCUCAACAUCUUCUAUGGUUACAAGAAGGCUUUCAAUACUGCCUUUGAAGCCCUUAGAAUGGAAAGCUAUAAGGGUAUGACUUUUCUGAGGACUUACUCUCCUGCCCACUAUGACAAUGGGGUGUGGCACAAUGGAGGAACAUGUACAAUGAAAAGACCCUUCACCACCCAGGAAAAAAGGUUGGACGGGUUGGAGCUGAAGUUCCAUAGGACCCAAGUGGAGGAACUUAGGGCUGCAGAGAUUGAAGGGAGUAAGAGAGGUUUGAAGUUUAGGUUGUUGGAUGCUUCUCAGGCAAUGGUGUUGAGGCCAGAUGGGCACCCUGGGCGUUAUAGCCCUUCGUAUAGGAAUAAUGUGUCUGACUGUGUGCACUGGUGCUUGCCUGGUCCUAUUGAUGUAUGGAAUGAAAUGUUACUUCAUAUGUUGAAGGUGGACAAGUUAGAAGACUCUUGAUGGGAAGAAUUAGAGGGGUUUUUUUUUUUGUUUUUUGUUAGAAAUAAUAAAGAUUUAUGCGAGGGAAAUUGCACUUUGGCACUAUUGACGUAUAUUGAGUCCUAACCCAAUAUUAGGCAAUUCAAUAUAUUCUUUGCCAAGAUUGGUAGUACAAUUUUGGUAAGAUUCUAUAUUGCAUGUUCAUAUUUUUUAAAGUCUCCAACCUUGUAUAGAACCCUAGCCGACUAGGGCAUUCAUCUCUUGUAUAUAUUGUAAUAUCCUCUCUAUUGAGAGUUUGCUAUGCAAACACAAUAACUUGUGUCAA